AUGAAAGCCAUAACGGCAGUGUGCGCAACUGGAGCGUCAGUACCUGCAAUCGCCAGCGGUCGGAUUCAACGGCACAGGGAUGGAGAGAACGCUGAAAUUCAGAUGUACCUAUCCAAACUUCAAGACCUGGUCCCCUUCAUGCCUAAGAACCGACGGAUUUCAAAGCUGGAAGUAAUUCAACAUGUGAUCGAUUACAUUUGUGACUUGCAAACCGCUUUGGAGAACCACCCUGCGGUUGGUCAAUUCGAGGCGGAGGCUGCAUUAGCGCCUGCGUGUACCUCACCCCCGAAGCCUCGUCGCCGCCCGCUCGGCCCCAGACCAGCCCCAAACACAAUUCUUCCCGCUGAGAGAUCCCCUGUAACAUUAACAACACAACAAAUUAGUCAUACAACUCCAGACAAACAAGAGCAGUUGGACAGGCCGUCGUGCUAA